CGGCCGCGAGACGUGGGGCUCAGGUGUAAGAGGAGUGCAUCCCGUCGGCGCGCGGGGCUAGAGCUCUCGGAGAAGUGGGGCCGGGAGGCCGGUGCGCGGCGCUCUGCGCGGUCAGAGGAGGCGCUGGGCGGCAGCAGGAGCCGCAGCAGCCCCGGCGCCGCCGCAGCCUCCUCAGCCUCCGAGCCGUCAGGAACCCCGGCUGCAGCCUCCUUUGAGGAGGCCGAGGGGCGGGGGGAGAGCCGGCGCGCGCACUUUCCCGCGGACUUUCCGAGUGUUUGUGGAUUUACAUGCCCAGCCGCCAAGAUGAUGUCCAUGAACAGCAAGCAGCCUCACUUUGCCAUGCAUCCCACCCUCCCUGAGCACAAGUACCCGUCGCUGCACUCCAGCUCCGAGGCCAUCCGGCGGGCCUGCCUGCCCACGCCGCCGCUGCAGAGCAACCUCUUCGCCAGCCUGGACGAGACGCUGCUGGCGCGGGCCGAGGCGCUGGCGGCCGUGGACAUCGCCGUGUCCCAGGGCAAGAGCCACCCGUUCAAGCCGGACGCCACGUACCACACGAUGAACAGCGUGCCGUGCACGUCCACGUCCACCGUGCCGCUGGCGCACCACCACCACCACCACCACCACCACCAGGCGCUUGAGCCCGGCGACCUGCUGGACCACAUCGCGUCGCCGUCGCUGGCGCUCAUGGCGGGCGCGGGCGCGGCGGGCGCGGCGGCCGGAGGCGGCGCCCACGACGGCCCGGGGGGCGGCGGCCCGGGCGGCGGCGGCCCCGGGGGCGGCGGCCCGGGCGGCAGCGGCCCGGGCGGCGGCGGCCCGGGCGGCGGCGGCGGCGGCGGCCCUGGCGCGGGGCUGCUGGGCGGCUCGGCGCACCCGCACCCGCACAUGCACGGCCUGGGCCACCUGUCGCACCCGGCGGCGGCGGCCGCCAUGAACAUGCCGUCGGGGCUGCCGCACCCCGGGCUGGUGGCGGCCGCGGCGCACCACGGCGCGGCGGCGGCGGCGGCGGCGGCGGCGGCCGGGCAGGUGGCGGCGGCGUCGGCGGCGGCGGCCGUGGUGGGCGCGGCGGGCCUGGCGUCCAUCUGCGACUCGGACACGGACCCGCGCGAGCUCGAGGCGUUCGCCGAGCGCUUCAAGCAGCGGCGCAUCAAGCUGGGCGUGACGCAGGCCGACGUGGGCUCGGCGCUCGCCAACCUCAAGAUCCCGGGCGUCGGCUCCCUCAGCCAGAGCACCAUCUGCAGGUUCGAGUCGCUCACGCUGUCGCACAACAACAUGAUCGCGCUCAAGCCCAUCCUGCAGGCCUGGCUGGAGGAGGCCGAGGGCGCGCAGCGCGAGAAAAUGAACAAGCCGGAGCUCUUCAACGGCGGCGAGAAGAAGCGCAAGCGGACUUCCAUCGCCGCGCCGGAGAAGCGCUCCCUCGAGGCCUACUUCGCCGUCCAGCCCCGACCCUCCUCCGAGAAGAUCGCCGCCAUCGCCGAGAAACUGGACCUCAAAAAGAACGUGGUGCGGGUGUGGUUUUGUAACCAGAGACAGAAGCAGAAGCGGAUGAAAUUCUCCGCCACUUACUGAACGGGGGAGAAGGGGGGCGGGGGGUGCCGGGCGGGACCGGGGGGAGCUGAGGGGCUCGGCGGGCGGGGGGGUCUCCCUCCCCGCGCUUGGGGUUCGGAGUGUCCGUCACCCCGCUGGCAUUUGGGGGGGUCCCUCCGAGCGCUGCCCUCUGCCCCUCCCCCUCCAAGCGGCCCCCCCCCUUUGCCUAGAGGACUCGGGGUGCUCAGUGUGGACGCCGAGAGGCUGGCGGGGCACGGGGGGCGCGGGGACGAGGAGAGGACUGGACGGGGUUUUGAGGAGCAGGAUGGUUCUGCGGGCUGGGGUGGGGGGAGACGCGGGAAGGGUGUGGGAUGGACUGUUUGAGACCAGAGCCACUUAAGAAAAAUCUCCUGGGGACCAAGGAACUCUGUACAAAACAAACCUACGAACCACCAAAACAAAACAGUUAACUAGAAAAAUAAUAAAGCAAACUAAAAAAUAAAAGAAAACAACAACAACAAAAGCAAAGACAAGUGCUUUAGAAAUUUAACUCUGGGGAGCCAUAUCCUGCAGCUUCAUUUCCCUCUAAGGAGGCGAAAGAGCACCACUGCCCCAACCCUCCACACACUAACUGAAUCAAACCAAAUGAACCGGAAGGUAAAAAUCUGGGUAGUGAAGCUAGUUGUUUUAAAUUUACUUUUCCCCUCUAAGUCUCACCACCACCCAACCCUGUCUCCGUGAUUAAUUUCCCCCUUUCCAAUGCGACUCCAUUGGCUGCUCGCUCUCCACUGCCAGAAAUGAUUUGGAGCACAGCUGAAGGGCGGGGGAGGGUGCAAGAGGGUGGCCGCUUGUGGAGGUGGAAUUCAGGUUCUCUUUGACCUGGAUCUGGUCAGGGGAAAAUAUGUAGGAAGAGAAAGGCAGUUUUUGACCUAAAAGGCAGAAAUUGGGGGCUCCGAAAUAUUUUAUUCUGAGAAAAACACCUUAAACUAGGUUUUUCUGUUUUUGUUUUCUCUUAAAUCAGAAAAAAAAAAAAAGCCCAUUUCCAAGUAAGCUGUCACCUGCUCACAGAACUUGCCUGUUUACUUACUUUCCUGAGUGUUAUUUGCUUUAAAACUACUGGUUUCCCUCAGUUGAUUCAAAUAGAUCGAGAACAUGGAAGAUACUAGGAGAGUCUCUGUCCCACUCUCCCAAAACAAGACCCACCGUGCUCUUCUAAGUCCCCUUUCCUUCUCUCUUGGGAGAACAUGAAAUCUGGAAUGUUAACAAGUUUCUGCUUUUAGUUCAAGCAGGGCUUGGCUGUGAAAAAAAAAAAACAAACUAAAUUCCAGAUGAGAAGACAGAUUUAAAAUCCUCUGUUUCAAAAGGGUCUGCAUGUUGGGGUGGGGGGGAGCAGAACAACUAUGUUUCAUUAUUAUUGUUAUUAUCCAAAAGUAAUUUGCUGGGGCUAAAUGUUGGGUAGCAAGAGCUUUCAUUUGCACUAUCAGUCCCCCAAAUAGGAAAUCAUGUAUAGUAAUCCAUAGUGAUAAUCAAGGUACUUGAUGAACUGCUGAUGAAUUUAUUUAUUGAGACAGUUGAAGGUGGUUAGGUAAAAUGCCUGCUUUGUGCACAAGAUACUCUUUUUUAUCUCAUGUGAAAAUGCUUUUUUCUUUACCAUCCUUUAAUAGUGACUAAAAAUUGAAAACAGAAAAGAAGAAACUGCCAUUUAACAUGAUUAAAGUCGUGCAUGACCUGAAGGUGCAGAAAGAAACACAAUUAGGUCUCACUCUGGUUAGGCAUUAUUUAUUUACUUAUGUUGUAUAUCAUUGUUUGCAGCGCAAACAUUCUAUGCAUUUGAAACUGAGCACUAAACUGGGCUAGCUUUCUGAUAGACCAUUUUGUGGAUAGUGUGAUAUCACAGUCUACUGCCUGUUUUCACCAAAAAUCACAACAUUCUUGUCAUAUUCUUGUAUUUAGAAGAAAAGGGGAAAAAGGAAGAUUAUUGUAAAUAUUUUCUUUAAUGCACACACUCACACAGUGGUUACAAACUGCCAGUGUUAGUUCUGAAAUGUCUCACGGAUUGAUCUACCUGUCCAUGUAUGUCUACUGAGCUUUCUCCUAGGUUAUGUCUUUGCUCUCUUACCUCCCCCCCCCUCUUCUAGCAGAACCAUUUUUGUGCGCCAAAAUACAACAGGGGGAUGUGUCCCAGUACACUUACAAAUAAAACUUAACUGAAAG